UCUUAGGUCUGUCCUAUUGGGGUGCUCAUCCUCCCCCCCUCUCGGGCACCCCUGGGGGUAUCUUUUCUUUGAAGGUUUUGUAGCUUGCUUUGGGUUCUUCCUCUCGGAAGAAGUGGUUUGGGCUGCCAACCCUCUCCACCCCGGGUUGCCGUCUUUCCGGCUGUCAUCUGUCUCUCCAGCUGUCACCACACUCUUCAUGGUUGUCACCCAGUCUGUUCCUGGUUGUCACUGGUGCUCCCAGAAAUUUCAGUUACAGAAAACAUCUUCUGAUGCACAACCUUGGACACAUCAUCAGUGUUGUUUCCUGGACUCACAGGGUGUUUCGGGUCUUGCAACAGACACCCUCCUCCAGGCGACCCGACCGAGGCUGAUCAAACCCCGGUCUGUGUCCAAGUGGCAUGCUACCGCCCCCACCGUUCUCCCCUCUUCAACCAGAGCCAGAUCCAAACACAGCAAACGUUCAUCUUGUUCUCUCUGAGGACAACAAAAAGGUGACACAUUUGAAAGAGGAGCAGCUGUAUCCUGAUCAUCCAGACAGAUUUGAAUGUUAUGAACAGGUGCUGUGUAAUGAGGGUCUGACUGGACGCUGUUAUUGGGAGGCUGAAUGGAGCGGCUGGUCUGAUAUAGCAAUGGCAUAUAAAGCAAUCGGAAGGAAAGGAAAGACUGAAGACUGCGAUUUUGGACUCAAUGAAAAGUCUUGGGCCUUGAGCUGUGUGAAUGGCCGAUUCACAGUGUGGUGUAAUAAAAACAGCAUUGACAUAUCUGUACCUUCACCACAACCUAAAAUAAUAGGAGUUUAUCUGGACUGGUCGGCCGGCACUCUGUCCUUCUACAGCGUCUCUGACACUCGAACACUUGCACACUUACACACAGUCAACACAACAUUUACUGAACCUCUAUAUGCUGGAUUUGGGUUUUUUUAUUCUGAUUGCUCAGUGUCUCUGUGUCAGAAUAAAUAAACAAUAGCAAAUAGCAAUUUAAAAUUUAAAUGUCUCUUUUUAUACACACUCUUUUACAAACAAUUAAAUCUAUUUUCUAAACUUGCUUAUUGAAGACCUCCAUGCCCCUCAUCUCUAGCAGCAUCUCACAAACUAAUGUAAUUGGGUCAUGGCUGUUUUCGCACCCUUCAGUGACAUUAUUAGUUUUUAUGAUCUUCAAUGCAAUCGAGGAGAGACAUGUUCUGUGAUUGC